CGUGCAGUGAGGACGUUAUCAGCUCCCGCAAAUAGUAAAAUUCCUAGUUAAAUUUCCCAGUGAAGUGCAACCGAAUCAGUGGUCUUGAGACUUGGAGAGCUGCUCAGCUCCUCUAUAAUAAUAAUCCCAUCGCUACUCUGCAACUGAUACAACACUUCAACCCAAUUCGGAUUUGCAUAGCCGCAGCUAAUUGGAGAUCGAAAAAUGGCAACUGCAAACCAUCCAUCAAUUGCUUUAGUAUUUCUAGCUCUAAUUAGUCUCAACCUAUGGCCGAUGCAUGCCGAAGCAUCACCCGUCACCAAUGAAGACUUAAGUGGAACCCUAAAAUCCCUGAUCUAUUCGUAUAAUCAGUUGGACAACAAGCUGGAGCGACAUGAGCAUCGAGAGCGUGCACUGGGCGAGCUCUUGAAGAAGGCAAUGCAGGCCCUGCAGAAGGGCCAGCGGAGCCUGGAGCCGAUGAGCGGGAUAUUCGGGCGACUGGACGAGCGGGUCAGUCAGAUAGAGACCAUGUUGAUCACACAAGAGGAGAAGUAUAAUACGGAAACGGACAAACUCAAUCGGGCCAUGGAGCACAUGUUCCAAUGGAUGCGCGAGAACGACGAAUGCUUCAAGAACCCGCCAGGUGGACCCAAGGCAAUUGCUCCGCCAGCACCGGCCCCCGCCUCCGCACUGCCCGAUGCAUUUGUGAAGGAACAACAGCAAAUCAAUAAGCAGCUGCUCGACGAGCUCAAGCAGCUCAGGACGAGCGUGACCCAGCUGCUGGACAACAGCAAACAGGCCGCCCAACAGACCCAGCAGGGCUUCGAGCGCAUGCCCAAGUCCGAUGAGCUGCUUAGCCAGAUCGAGGCCAAGCUGCAGCAGCACAGCGCCGCGGCUGCCGUCACCACUGUGGCUCCGCCCAAGAAUGAUGAGCUCGAGCUGAAGCUUCUGGAACGUCUGGGUCAACUGAGCACUCAAGUGGCUGAGCUGCGCAAUGCCACGUUGCAGGCACCAGCUGCUCCCCAGGGUCUCAACGAGAAGGAUCGUGCCUAUAUGCAGGAGCUAAACAAUGAGACGCUCAAUGCUCUGACGGCACUGAAGACCGAAUCGCUGCUGGGUCAGCAAACAGCACUGCGCCAGACCACGGAGCACAUGCAGCAGACGGAGGCGAACAUCCAGGGUGAUCUGAAGCAAUUGUCGGGCGACUUGACGCUGCUCAACCAGCUCUACAAGGGCAUCAAUGCCAGCCACAGUAAGCUGAACGAUGGCUUCGAUGCGCUGGGUAAGUUCAACAACAUCAUGAUGACCAACUCGGAGGUGGUGCUGGACACCCAGCGCAAGGUCGAGUUCGGCACGCUGCAGAUUGUGCAGAAGGUGAGUCUGCUGCUGGAGCAGCAGGUGGCGGAGCUGACGGGCCUGGUGAAGGCGCGCUUCAACGAGCUGAACGAUACGCUGGUGGAGACGCAGGAGGAGUCCAAUCGUAAUAUCAGCGGACUGCUGGAUACGGCUCUGUCGCAGGUGUGGCAUCGCAUCGAGAUCAUGAGCUCCGAAAUUGGCCAAAGCCGCGAGAUGCUCGGCCUGAUGCAGGCCGGCCACGAUGGCUAUGUGAACAGCACGUUCAGCACAAUGAUGGGCCUGAGCAGCAAGGUGGAGGAGACUAAGAAGCAUAUGAUCGACAUGGACGACAAUCUCAACUAUCUGCUGGGCAAGCUGUCCCUCAUGUCCAGUGAGUUCGCCAACAUUAAGAAGGGUCUGGCCGACUCCCUGAUGGACUUGCGCAGCUCCUUUCAAUUGAUACACGAGCGCAUGCCCAACAGUGCCGGGCCGCACAACAUCGAGAAGAAUAAGUAUCUGACCGAUGUGAAUUUGCUGUCGAAGCGGCACGCUCAGCCCGAGCCCAGCAUGUAGAGCCGCAGGAUGCGUCCAGGCAACAACAUAUACAUAUAUAUACAAUAAAAGCCUAACAUUAGCCUUUAAGUUAUCGAACUUACAAUUAAAAUACAUAAAAUAUUUAUGCAAAACUCAAAUUAACAUGCUUCAUGUGUAAAUCUCUGCAAAUACAUUUCGUUUAUGAAUA